CACCUCACUCACUUCACCCUCAUCUACCCCCGCCAUGUCGUCCUCAUCCGCCGCCGCCGCCGCCGCCGCCGAGCGCAGCGCCCUCACCCAGCGCUCCAUCCCGUUCAUGACCCUCGCGACGGAUACCUCCGCCCCGCCACCACCCGCCCCGGACGCCGCCUCGCGCUUCGCCGUGUCCGGCGUCGCCAUCCUCACCGGUGGCACGGGCGCCAUCGCCAGCGCCAUCGCCCGCGCACUCCUGCAGCAUGGCCUCUCGGGCCUCAUGCUGCUCGACCUGUCCGUCCGCAACAGCGUCCGCUCCAACGACGACGACGAAGAUGAAGAUGAAGGAGGAGGAGGAGGAGGAGGAGGAGGAGGAGGAGGAGGAGGAGGAGGAGGAGGAGCAACAGACCUCGUCGCCGCGCUGCGCCGCGACUUCCCGCACGCCGCCAUCCGCGCCCGCGCCACCGACGUGACCGACGAGGCCGACGUCGCCGCCGCCGUCGCCGACACCGUCGCCGUGUUCGGCUCCGUCGACGCCCUCGUCUGCCUCGCCGGCGUCGUCGGCUGCGCCCACGCCCUCGACAUGCCCGUCGCGCAGUGGCGGCGCAUCAUGGACGUCAACGCCACGGGCUCGUUUAUCUGCGCGCAGGCCGUCGCGCGCCAGAUGGUCAGGCAGAACGACCAAGCAUCACCGCCAGCAGUACUAGACCGUGGGGGGCAUGAUGAGGCCGCUGGGCACCAUCGUGGUGGCCGCGGCGGCCGCAUCGUCCUCACGGCCUCCAUCUCGGCGCACCGCGUCAACUACCCCCAGCCGCAGGCCGCCUACAACGCCAGCAAGGCCGCCGUCGUCGCCCUCAAGAGCUGCCUGGCCGCCGAGUGGGCGCGGCACGGCAUCCUCGUCAACAGCGUCAGCCCGGGCUACGUCGACACCCUGCUCAACGCCGGCGACGGGCUCGCCGCCGCCCGCGCCAGCUGGCGCUCCCGCAACCCCUCGGGCCGCAUGGGCGGGCCCGACGAGAUCGCCGGCGUCGUCGUCAUGCUGCUCAGCAGGGCGGGCUCCUACGUCAACGGCGCCGACAUCAUCGUCGACGGCGGCGGCGCCGUCUUCUGAAAAAUCGUAGAGGCCGGAAACCGAACAAGCCGCGCGCGGUUGCGGGCGGGCGCGCCGUAGACUGCUCUACGUCUUCGUGUGCUCGGCCCCCCUCCCCGUGUUGGAUAGACUGGACGACGAGAGGCGCGCCGGCUUGACAUGCUAAUAUUCUCGUCCCCCGCCCGCGGCGAAACAGGCACUCGGCUUUCAGUCCCAGCUCGGGCAAAGUUAAAAUAGCAUGUCUGGUCGACUAUAUAUGUCUGUAGAAGUUUACGUGCGUAUCUCGCCAGGCUGUGCACUCCGAAGCCAUCCCUCAGCCUUUCUUGC